UCCUUAAUUGACCUAAGAAAAAAACCAAAACGUGUCGUUUGUUCCACCGAAAUGGCAGAGUUGCCUCUUUCAUUUUGCCUUCAUCUACAGUUGCAUACAUAUUUUGCAGCAAAUCACCCAAAUGUUUAAAUUAUAGCAGUAGAGAACUUGUAUUUGUGAUUUCUCCAUACCCUUUUUGUUUUACAUUAGAAAAAAAAAAUGCAUCAGAUUUUGACCAAUAUUUUCUUGCUGAUCAAGGUUUUGUCUAUAUAAAAUUAAAGAGGGUCUUUUUUUUGAAGUGUAAAAGUAAUACUGUUGACUCCUAAUAUCCUGGAAAAUUUCUUAUGGGGUUUCAUCUUCUUCUUUAAAUUCCUAAAGAGGUUUGGAUUUCAUACACAGACUGACUAGAGAGAAUUCAAAUGCGAAAUUCAUAUCUGUGUCAUUCUUAAACAUUGCAUACCAUCUAUAGUCCAAACAGUAAUUGCCUUAAUAAAAAAUUUCAACAGUAUCAGCUUCGGUAAGGGGUACUCUGAAAAUGGCAUUGGUAAGGGCUGCAAGGAGUAGCUUUAGGCGUUCUGGAGGUGCAAUCGGAAACUAUGCAAGUGAGAGAAAUAUAUUCUGUGAAGGCAUAUCACCAUUUAGACAUCCUGCGCCAGUUUUUGAAAAAGCUGUAACAGGUUUCAAUUCAUCAUACAUUCCAAGUACCCAGAUGAUAAAUCAAUUAAGUUUCGGGAACAGAGGAAUGAAGUUUACCCCUCAAUAUCAGUUUCCACAUGCAGCAGCUGAGACGGUUGGGGGUGCUGAUUCAAAGAAUGAAAGAUCCAGUUAUCCAGGCCUUGAAGCAACAAAACAGGGCGAAAAACCUAGAGUAGUUGUUCUUGGAUCUGGUUGGGCCGCUUGCAGAUUCCUCAAAGGAAUAGACACUAGUAUGUAUGAUGUUGUUUGUAUAGCACCAAGAAACCAUAUGGUCUUUACACCAUUGCUUGCAUCUACUUGUGUUGGAACAUUGGAAUUCCGAUCAGUUGCUGAACCAGUCACCCAGAUACAGAAAGCACUGGCAAAGGAUCCAAAUUCAUAUUUCUUCCUAGCAUCCUGCACUGGUGUUGAUGCUGAUAAACAUGAAGUAUACUGUGAAACGGUUGGCGAUCGUGGAGUCUCUCAUGAGCAUUACAGAUUUAAGGUUGCAUAUGACAAGCUUGUCAUUGCUUCUGGAGCUGAACCUUUGACCUUUGGCAUAAAGGGAGUGGAGGAACAUGCCUUCUUUCUCCGUGAAGUACAGAAUGCCCAAGAAAUCAGGAAGAAGCUUCUUAUGAACUUGAUGGUCUCAGAAACUCCAGGCAUCUCGGAAGAAGAGAAAGAGCGCUUGUUGCACUGUGUUGUGAUUGGAGGUGGACCUACAGGGGUUGAAUUCAGCGGGGAGCUAAGUGAUUUUAUUAUGAGAGAUGUACGCGAACGUUAUGCUCAUGUCAAAAACUACAUUCAUGUGACCCUCAUUGAGGCUAAUGAGAUUUUGUCUUCAUUUGAUGUUGGGUUGCGGGAGUAUGCGACAAAGCAUUUGACCAAGGUUGGUGUCCGCCUUGUUCAUGGUGUUGUAAAAGAAGUACAUCCAGAUAAAAUAGUUCUCAGUGAUGGAAGUGAUGUUCCAUAUGGCCUUCUCGUUUGGUCUACUGGAGUUGGUCCUUCCAAUUUUGUUAAAUCACUAAAUGUUCCCAAGUCUCCUGGUGGAAGGAUUGGAAUUGAUGAAUGGUUGCGAGUUCCUUCCGUAGAAGAUGUGUUUGCUAUAGGAGAUUGUGCUGGUUUUCUUGAACAGACUGGAAAGCCGGUGCUUCCGGCUCUUGCUCAGGUUGCUGAAAGGCAAGGGAAGUAUCUUGUUAAAUUGUUCACCGACAUUGGGAAACAGAAUGGAGGCAAAGCUCUCUCAGCCAAAGACAUCACUCUAGGAGAUCCAUUUGUUUACAAGCAUCUUGGAAGCAUGGCAACUGUGGGGCGUUACAAGGCUCUUGUUGAUCUCCGUCAAGCUAAGGGUGAGAAGGGUGUCUCAUUAGCAGGCUUCACGAGCUGGCUUAUUUGGCGGUCCGCGUAUCUGACUCGAGUUAUCAGCUGGAGGAACAGGUUUUACGUGGCUAUGAACUGGGGAACAACGUUAAUCUUUGGCAGAGACAAUACUAAGAUAGGAUAAACUACCACUUCUAGUAGGAUUUUCAUGUUCUUGAUCCAUUUUUUGAACACUUCUAAUAACCUACCUUGUAGUGUUAUCAAUAAUGUUAAUAUCUUUGAGGAUUGAAAAAGAAAAGGGGGAAAAAGUGCUUUGUCAAAAUGGAAUUAUGAGGGUUGGGGCAAGGGAUCUUUGACGACGUUAGAGUUAUAAUGUUACAUCAUUUCAAAACGUUAUUAAAUAUUAUGUCACAUAUUAUUUUUGUUAAGUA